AUUGUGGACAAGAUGAAUUUAAAGCUUCAGUGCAUUCUACUGUUCCUCACUUUUUAUGUGCAAGAUGGAUUAUCGAGGCAUUAUGAAGCAAACCUUGGAGCAAAUAUUCUUUUACAGAGAGUAAGACGUCAAAGCAAACCAACAAAAGCAGUGCUGAAGGUUACAGACUACCAUGUGAGGUGUUCAGUGGUGUCCCGCUAUGCCGUCACCACAGUCCAGAGUUCAGUAUGGAACCAGCUCCACAUCACCAAGGAGGCUGCCUUUGAGGUGGACCUGCCCUCCUCUGCUUUCAUCUCCAACUUCACCAUCACCUCCAAUGGCAAGGUGUAUGUGGCGCAGGUGAAGGAAAGAGCUGCUGCCAGGAAAAUUUACGAUGCUGCUAAGAAGCAAGGAAAAACAGCCGGACUUGUUGCUACCAAAGAGAGGGAGAUCGAGAAGUUUCGUGUGGCAGUGAGUGUACCGUCAGGAGCUCGGGUCUCCUUCUCCCUGACCUACGAGGAGCUGCUGCCUCGCCGACUCGGCCGAUACGAGCUCAGUUUGGGUCUGAGGCCGGGACAGCCGGUGCAGAACCUCACACUGGACGUCAGUAUAACAGAGCGGACAGGCAUCAGUUUCAUCAAAGCCUUUCCUCUCAAGACGAGCAGACUGCUCUCCAACACUGCUCAAGGUGAUGCAGAGGCACCUGCCUCUACUCACGUACAGCAGAGCACCUGCUGUGCUCGGGUUCGCUACAGUCCCACUCUGCAACAGCAGAACAGCAUCUCCUCCAAAGGGCUCAAUGCAGAUUUCAUCAUCCAGUAUGAUGUGGAGCUCAGAGACCUCAUGGGUGAAGUCCAGGUGUAUGACGGCUACUUUGUGCAUUACUUUGCACCCAGAGGGCUUCCUGUGGUUCCCAAGGAUGUGAUAUUUGUCAUUGAUGUCAGUGGCUCAAUGAUAGGCACCAAGAUAAAACAGACCAAGCAGGCCAUGGGAACAAUUCUUGAGGACCUCAGGGAAGGAGACCACUUCAAUAUCAUCACCUUCUCAGACAAAGUUCACACUUGGAAGAAAGGACGAACAGUUCGGGCGACUCGGCAGAAUGUACGAGAUGCGAAAGACUUUGUGAAGAGAAUAAUUGCAGAAGGAUGGACAAACAUCAACGCAGCUCUGCUUUCAGCCGCCCAGCUCGUCAACCCUCCAUCCUCGGCCUCUUCCAACCCCCUCUCAUCCCGCCGUGUCCCUCUGGUUAUUUUCCUCACUGAUGGGGAGGCGACCAUCGGAGUGACAGCUGGCGACACCAUACUGAGCAACGCCAAGAAAGCUCUGGGUUCCUCUUCUCUGUUCGGCCUCGCUUUUGGAGACGAUGCAGAUUUCCUCCUGCUGAAACGCCUGGCUCUGGAUAACCGAGGCGUUGCCAGGAUGGUGUAUGAGGAUGCGGACGCGGCCUUGCAGCUGAAGGGCUUUUAUGAUGAAGUGGCCAGCCCCUUGCUGUCGGACAUCCAGCUGUCAUACCUGGAUGAUCAGGCGUUUGACAUCACCCGCUCCCUGUUCCCAAACUACUUCCAGGGCUCGGAGUUGGUGGUGGCUGGGAGGGUCAAACCAGGGGUGAACGAUCUAAAGGUGUCACUGUCCGCCACUGAUUCAAAGCAACAUGUCAAGCUGGAGAAUGAUGUGUUGGUUUCCCAUGCAAAGGGGAACGACAGUGCAGAUUCACUAGACUGCUCAGUAGGUACAGAUGGGAUCUCCAGCUUUGUGCACCGUCUCUGGGCGUAUUUCACAAUCAAAGAGCUGCUGCUGGCCAAACUGAAUGCUACCGACCCCGCAACUCAAAGGUUACUGGCAGAGAAAGCCACCAAUCUAUCCCUCAAAUAUAACUUUGUAACACCAGUCACAUCUUUAGUUGUAGUUAAGCCAGAUGCAGAUGAAGCAGCUCAAACUCCAACUACCGCAAAACCCACCACUGCUGCCACAACAACCACGACAGUAACGACCACUGCAACAACUAAAAUAUCUGCUGCUGCUGCUGCUGUAAAGAAGCCCAGCUCACCUUCUAACCCAAAGCCUAACAAAACAAAGCCAGACCCUCCACAGCCACCUCCAAAGCAAAUUAAAAAAGUCACAUCCCCAACGACCACAGCAAAAGCAGCAACUUCAUCAUCAAAGAAAACCACCACAACCUCAAAUCCCAGCUCGGUAAAAACUCCUCCAGCUCCGUUCUCUGGUAAAAAACCCACUCCCUCCCUAAAUGAAUCCAAAACUGCCUCUCCUCCUCCUCCUUCGCCUCCUCCUGCUGCUGGUAAGAUACCCACCUCUCUGCUUAAUGUCCUUAAAACAGCACCACCCCCUGCACCUGGAAAAGUCUCCACCCCACAGCCCAAUGCCUUGAAAACAACCACUCCCUCAACAAUGUUCACCACCAGCACCACACCUCCUCUCAGUUCAGCCAGAACCGACCCUGCACCCGUGCCCGGGAGACCCCUUACCCCACAGCCCAGCACAGAGAGGACAGCCCUGCCUUCUGUCAGAGUGACCACGCCCUCCACAGAGGCAGAAAACGGCACCACAUCUGCUCCAGAUGCUCAUGAAAUCACAACCGCUGCGCCCGAGCUGUCGUCUCUGCUCACCUCUCCCACCCCGGCGCCGGCUCCGUCUCUAAACGACACAGACAUGAACAUCGCCACCUUUGUGUCGGCCACCUUUGCUCCCAUGCCUGGUGUGACAGAUGGGCCUCGACUGUGGGAAGCAGCAGGCCUUCUGGAUGUCUCUACUUUCAUCCAGAGGAAAGAUAUCGACCUGGUGAAAGAUUAUGAUGCAACUUAUGACUACGACUACGAUCUCAGCUAUGACGCCUGGGAUGAUACUGUGGACACGGGUUCAUUUGAUGGUGCUUCAUCCAGAUUGAGCACCAUCCGGGUCUUCUCCUCAUCAGUUGAUGGAGAUCCUCAUUUUGUGGUCCAGCUGCCAAAGCUGCAUCAGAACCUGUGUUUCACAGUCGAUGGCCGAGCUAAUGAUGUCCUCAGACUGUUAGAGGACCCAGAGAGAGGAAUCAUUGUUGAUGGCCACCUAAUGGGAGCUCCCUCCAAACACGGUGCAGAGGACCGACCCCGAACUUACUUCGACCGGCUCACCAUUUCCUCAGCCACAGGCGGCUCUGGUGACAUCAUGAUCACACUCUCACUGGACGCUGUAGUGGUGGAAGGAGAAGGGCGGGACGAUCUUCCCAUCAAUCAGAUGGGGGCGGUGACGAGGCAGGGCGUGACGGUCGCUGUGGACAACCACCGCAGCUGCUGGAUCGAGCUGGCCAAAGACGUGCGCUUCCUGGUUCUGUUCCACCACUAUAAACACCCCAGCUACCUGCAGAUGGCUCACCUGGGUUUUUACAUCACAGAUGGACGAGGGUUAUCUGCUUCAACCCAAGGCCUGCUGGGCCAGUUCCAGCACGCUGAUAUGAGUGUAACGGCGGGGACGGACUAUCUGGAUGGAGGAGCUCACAAUGAGGCGAUUUCAGCCAGGGGGGUCCUGAGGUGGGGAUCAGAGCACAUGGCGGUCACCUUGCAGGACAAGACGCUGAAAGACACAGUGCGGAAACGCCACAUAGGCAAGUGCUGGGUGGUGCCCAAGGCAGAGAUAGAGAGACUACUGGGUCAUCCAUACGAGAGCUACGUGGUGGAUCGUGUGUAAUUCUAGCCGGGUCUGCUCCGCCUUGUUGCCUCUCCGCUGCUGCACGGCUCGGCUCAGGUCACAGCAGGUAUUAUGGCUUGGUUACUGGACAAAGGAUGAGCAAAGAACUGGGACUCUGUGAGGUUAAAAUGACACGUUGUCACACAUUGUCUGCUGUUCUGUAUGGAGCGGCAGGUGGGGGUACAAAAGAGGAAAAGAGAGGGUGGCAGUUUAAGGGAGAGGUGUGGUUCAACAAAGAUAGUGAAGGACUGAACGAUGCAGUUGUUCUCCAUCAGUGUGUUCUGUAUCUACUGACAGAGACAUGAUGUUCUCCUGUCGCAUGGCAACCGCAAAAUGUCCAUGUGUGCCACAGCUCCAAAAUGUCUUUCACACCAACUCUACUCACGACUUUGAAGAUCAGAUUAUUCUUAUAUUGUAUCGUGGAAUGAUUAUUAGGCAAAGCCAGAUUCUUGUAAUUAUUAAAAAAAAUCUGUAAGUUGUAUUUUUCUAGUACAAGUGUAUAUAAAAUAUUAUUUUAUGUAUGUGUAGAUAAUCUUCCCACGCAACUCAUCACAAAACAGAGAAAUCAGGGCCUUUCCAGGUUUGCCAUGUGCUUUUUAUUUUUCUAUCAUUUCAUUCAUAGUUUAAUUCAUUUUAUUUGUUACACAAGACAUUAGGCAUUGCUCACGUACUAGUGAUCAAACAAGGACAGUAAGUUUUCUACUACUCAGCCUCAACUAUUUCUUUUGUCAAUUUUCAAAGGGAUAUUGUCAAUAGUGGUUUCCAAAAAGGCCGAAACUG